AUUGCACCACAGACUAUGUUACCAUUAUUCUUCNAAAGUUGCAAUGAUCUGGUUAGNAAAUGGGAAGGAAUGUUGUCUUCAGACGGAUCAUGUGAAAUAGAUGCAUGGCCUUUCCUUCAGAAUCUGGCUAGUGAUGUUAUCGCUCGCUCAGCAUUUGGAAGUAGCUUUGAAGAAGGAAGAAGAAUAUUUCAACUUCAAAGAGAGCAAGCUAAACUUGCAUUGCAACUUGUAUUAAAAGUUCAAAUCCCUGGAUGGAGGUUUUUGCCUACUAAAAUCCAUAGGAGAAUGAAGGAAAUUGACAGAGAUAUAAAAGCAUCACUCAAGGAUAUGAUUUGCAAGAGGGAGAAAGCACUAAAGGCUGGUGAAGCCACUAAUAAUGACCUGUUAGGUAUACUUUUGGAGUCCAAUCACAAGGAAAUUCAAGAACAUGGAAAUGGAGAAAAUAAGAAUGUUGGAAUGAGUCUUGAAGACGUAAUCGAGGAAUGCAAGCUAUUUUACUUUGCAGGGCAAGAAACCACUUCAGUUUUGCUGGUUUGGACAAUGGUGUUAUUGAGUAGGUACCCUAAUUGGCAACAACGUGCAAGGGAGGAAGUCUUCCAAGUC